UGUUUCCGGCCAUUCAUCCAGCACUCCGUCAGAAGCGCGCCAGUAGCUUCUCUUCGCGAGUAACGGAAGCGGCCUAGCUUGAGGCUGCUGCACCAAGCUCAAUUUUUUUUUUUAACAUUCCUUCUUAACGUGCUUUUGGCUUCUCACUGUCGGGGAGGCCGCGGUCUCUAGUUCAAGCCGCUUCGAGUUGCGCCUGUCGCCUUGCCGCCAUGAAACUCGUGCGAUUUCUUAUGAAACUUAGUCAUGAAACUGUGACCAUUGAACUGAAAAACGGGACCCAGGUACAUGGAACCAUUACAGGAGUGGAUGUCAGUAUGAAUACCCAUCUUAAAGCUGUAAAAAUGACUUUGAAGAACAGAGAACCUGUCCAGUUGGAGACACUGAGCAUUCGAGGCAAUAAUAUCAGAUAUUUUAUUCUGCCAGACAGUUUGCCCCUUGAUACUCUGCUGGUGGAUGUUGAACCAAAAGUCAAAUCCAAGAAAAGGGAGGCAGUUGCAGGAAGAGGACGUGGAAGAGGACGUGGAAGAGGAAGAGGACGUGGAAGAGGAAGAGGUGGUCCAAGACGAUAACUUCUUUAUAACUGCUAUAAAAAAAGCCUCAGACAACUGGUAUUUUUUUGUACAGGUUUUGUUUUGUGUCAAUUUUUAAUAAACAAAUGUGGAAAAUGUGUCAACUAA